AUGAGUGAACCGGAAUAUGAUGAAAAUGUUCAACAUCGUGAAAUUCCAUUCGAGACUACUGAAGAAGGACGUAAAUUAUUAAUUGCAAAGGAAAUUUGUAUAAUGUUAAUGAGAGAAUGUCAAACUUUUAAUAAACUCAUUUUAGAUACUCGAGGAUUUUCUCGUUCAUUAUCAAUUCAAUCUGUUGAUUAUAUUUCAAUUCCAAAUUUACCAAAUGCAAUUAAUUGUUUAAUAAAUCUUACCAAAUUUGUUUGUGGUGGUGAAUUCUUUAAAGGGGAAAUAUUUCAUACCAUGGCUAAUUAUUGUUAUAAUUUAGAUUCAAUUUCUAUUGUGGAUACUUUUCAUCCUGCAAUUAAUGAAUUAGCAAAUUUAAUAUUGGUCCAAAGAAAUUUACGAAAAUUUAAUUGGAUUGGAGGUUAUGGUGAUUUAACUCCAAUUAUUAUAUCUUUCUCAAGUCAAUUUGAAUAUUUAGAAGAAAUUCAAUUAGCAAAUGCUUUCUUUCAAGAUUUUAAGGCACUUGAAGGAUUAGCUAAUUGUCAGAAUUUAGAAAUACUUAAAAUUGCUGAAUGUCAUUUAACUUCACUUCAUGUCAAACCAUUGGUAAAUGUUAAUUUCCCUCAUCUCAAAAUAUUGGAAAUUACUGAUAUUCAUGAUGCAUAUGACUUUGAACAAGAGGAAGCACCUGAUCCACCUUCAGAAGAAAUAAUUUCAAUAAUUCGUAAUGCUAAUCGUCAACUUCGAGAUGUUCGUUUAAAUUUAGAAUUACAUUUUUAUCCUGGGAUAAUAGAAACUGUUGGAAUUUCUUGUCCAAAUUUACAAACAUUUGCUGCAAAUAUAAAAACCGAUGAACAAGUUUCGGAAUUAAUGAAUUUGUUAAGUUCAUGUCGACAACUUGAAAAUUUAAUAAUUUGUGGAUAUUCAUGGAGUAAUUUCUUUCCGGCUGAUUAUAUAUUACCAGAAAUUGGUGCGAUUUUACCAAAAAUGUUAACACACUUAGAUUUAACUAAAUGGACAUUCGAAGCUGAAGCAUUAAGGAAAUUCCUUAAAAAUUGUAAAUCAUCAUUGGAAUAUAUGUCAUGGCAUUGUUUUAUUAGCCAUGAAGAACAUAAAUCUGCCAUAGUAGAAUAUUCACGAAAGAGAGGUAUUGGAAUUAAAAAUUUAAGAGUGGAUGUGCAUGAUAGUGGAUAUGGAUGGCAUCGAUGUGUUUGUCACAUUUCAGUAGAGUUUGAGAAAUCAUCGGAUACUAAUAAGGAUAAGGAAGCAAAGUAG